AUGGCGUCCCAAACCCCGGCCGUUGUCAUGGACAACGGUACUGGAUACUCGAAACUCGGAUUCGCCGGUAACGACUCGCCCUCUUUCGUCUUCCCGACUGCAAUUGCUACCAAAGCUGGUGCUGGAAGCACUGGUGGUACUGGCUCAGGACGCCCUGCUGUUGCGAACAAGCCGGGGUUUUUGGCUGGAAGUGGUGGGGCAGGCUCUCACUUGUCCGCGAAGCGUGGUACGGAAGACUUGGACUUCUUUAUCGGUGAUGAGGCUCUGGCUGCAGGAGCAGGCCCUGGAUAUGGUGUCAACUAUCCCAUUCGUCAUGGUCAAAUUGAGAACUGGGAUUCCAUGGAGCGUUUCUGGUCGAACUCCAUCUUCAAAUACCUGCGCGUCGAACCCGAGGACCACUACUUUUUACUCACCGAGCCUCCCCUGAACCCUCCCGAGAACCGUGAGAACACGGCAGAGAUUAUGUUCGAGUCCUUCAACUGCGCUGGUCUUUAUAUCGCCGUACAGGCUGUGCUUGCCCUUGCCGCAUCUUGGACUUCCUCCAAGGUGACAGACCGAUCCCUGACCGGAACAGUUAUUGAUUCGGGUGACGGUGUCACCCAUGUCAUCCCCGUCGCGGAAGGCUACGUCAUCGGAUCCUCCAUCAAGAGUAUACCCAUCGCCGGUCGAGACAUCACCUAUUUCGUACAGAGUUUGCUCCGUGAUCGCGGCGAGCCUGACAGCAGCUUGAAGACCGCGGAGAAGGUGAAGGAAGAAUACUGUUACGUGUCCCCGGAUAUUGUCAAGGAAUUCGCCCGCUACGACCGCGAGCCCGAUCGGUUCCUGAACCACACCGUGACUUCGCCGAACGGCCGAAGUGUGAACAUUGAUAUCGGAUACGAGCGUUUCCUUGCUCCGGAGAUCUUCUUCAACCCAGAAAUCUACUCUUCCGACUUCUUGACACCCUUGCCCACCGUCGUUGACGGCGUCAUCCAGUCCUCCCCUAUCGAUGUUCGGAGAGGUCUUUAUAAGAACAUUGUCUUGUCUGGAGGAUCUACUCUAUACAAGGACUUUGGCCGACGUUUGCAACGUGAUAUCAGACAUUUGGUGGAUGCUCGCAUCCGUGCUUCGGAAGCGCGCAGCGGAGGAGCUAGGAGUGGUGGUCUGGAUGUGGCCGUUGUGACCCACAAGAGACAGAGACACGGCCCCUGGUUCGGAGGUAGCUUGUUGGGACAGACACCAGAGUUCAGAAGCUACUGUCACACCAAGGCAGAGUACGACGAGAUCGGUCCCAGCAUCGUUCGGAGAUUCGCUCUGCUUGGUGGUCCAGGAAGUUCGUAG